UACAGAUCUCGUUCAAGUCUCAACUGAAAUCUCAUUUGACAUUCCAACGUCUAGCUGUCAACAAUGUCAUUUGUCGGUCAUUCAUAAAAGCUAUGGCAUUGUCUAAAAUUGAUAUUCCCCUCCCAGCCCAGCACUUUUUAGAAUGCGGCAUUGAAGACUGUGAAAGAAACUGCGAGUUCUACUGCAACCUUUGUCAUCAAAGAUUGUGUAAACAAUGCAGAGAUGAACAUCUGAAAAGUCCAGAAAACAAGAACCAUGAGGUGGUCCUUUACCAGCAACGAAAACGACAACUUCCUGUGAAGAAAUGCAAGAUCCACCCCACAAAAGAUGUGGACAUGUUCUGUGAAGAAUGCCAAGUUCCUGUAUGUUCUAAAUGUGUUACAAAGGGAGACCACCCAAAACAUACAUUUGUUGAUCUUGAAGCAGUCUACGCAGAAAAAUUUGCACUCUUCCAACAGGAAAUCUCCAAAAUUCACGAGUAUUUUCUCCCCACAUCACAAGAUUUACAGAAAGAGAUUAAAAAAGAUUCCUCAGAAAUCAAACACCUUAUGGACAACAUCAGAACAUCCAUGAAGACUGAAGGCGAGUCCCUGAAAAGUCUGGUGGACACAGUCAUAUCUGAGAACAUGAAGCAGUUAGACCAGAUAGAGCAUUCAGUGUUAGAAGAUCUAAACACCCAAGACAAGACCAUUGAUGAUUACAUCACUUAUCUUAAUAACCUUGUCAAAGAGCUCCACAGAUGCCUGACCUCUACAGAAACCCAGAAAUUAAUGUCUGAGAAGAAACCAAAGAUCCGAUCCAUACCAGAGACAACAAAACCAGUCACACCAGGAUUUACUGCUGGUCAAUACAACAAAAGUGAUGUCACCAAGUUACUUGGUAAAAUAUAUGUCCCCAACACUAAAGCAGAGAAGAGAGAAAUACAGCCCAUGGAAAGUGUCUACAAUACAGCAAUGAAACCUACACAUAAACAGAUGAAAGAGGACAGAAAGAAAUCUGACAAGAAACAAACAAUGUCUCUAUCUGCCUCUGUCACCAAGGUCAGGGAGUUCAAUGUACCAGGUGUUGAUGAAGUAUACCAUGUAUCACUAGAUCAAUUAGACAGACUCUGGAUCAGUGACUAUGAUGGUAAUCUUGUCCAAACAGAUCUACAGGGGAAUGUGAUACAGAAGAUAGAAACCUGGAGUGGAAUGAAAGGUUUCCAUACAGUGACACAGGGCAGGGAUCUGAUCUUUACAGACAAAUACAAGACAGUCAUCAAUAGGAUAACACAGGAUAAUAAUAUCACUGAAUUCAUUAAAACUGGAGACUGGUUACCUCUCAGUAUACACUCCUCCCACAUCAACGGUGACUUACUGGUGGGGAUGAUGAAAUUAACAGAGACUAAAGGACUGUUUAAAAUGAGGAAAAUUAAAAAGGAAAGUAAAGUCACAAGGUACAACAAGACGGGAAAAGAACUACAGAACAUUCAGAGGGAUAACAAAGGACAGGAUCUGUAUGGUGAACCAUGCUAUAUCACAGAAAACAUCAAUGGAGAUAUCUGUACAUCAGGCUAUGAUAAAGCAGCCGUAGUGGUGGUGAAUAAAUCAGGACAAUACAGGUUCUCCUACACAGGUCAGGCGUCAGAGUUCAGUCCUUUUGGAAUCUGUAUUGAUGUCUUCGGUCACAUCCUGGUGUCUGAUGAGAUCAGUAACUCUGUUCACCUCCUUGAUCAGGACGGUCAGUUCUUGUCUCUAUUACUCACACAACAACAAGGGGUAGAGUUUCCCCGUAGUGUGUGUGUAGAUGAUGAGAACAAUCUCUAUGUGAGACAACUAACCAACACACUGACAGUGUACAAGUAUUUACAGUGAAAAAUAACAUUGCAGUUACAUGUACUUAUUCUUUUAUACAACCAUUCUGUGUGUUUACAUGUCAUUACACAGUUGUAAUAUUUUUCAUUAUUAAACAAGUACAUGUAGACAUUUUAAAUCAUGUGUAUCAGUGGUAUACUGGAAAUGAACUGUUUUGCGUUAUAUACAAUAAAUGAUAAGUUAAAAAGACACUUUAGUUUCAAAAUAAUCUAGAUGCUAUACAUGUUAAAGGUGAAUUAUUUAACAAAAAGAAAAUUUGUA